AGCGCUAUUUGCGGCAGAAUUUAUCAUUUUGUCUAUGGGAAUGAACAUGGAAAAGGGGAAGUCCAGAGCAAGUUUGGCUCCAUCUGAUUUAUAACUGUUGAUAGCAAGACACCUUGAAAACAGAGACAUGUCCACUCUUGUUGAAUCUGUAGUCACUGCAUGUAUUUACAGAUCCACGUGUUUCUGUUUUUGAAAGGUUACUAUUAGACUGCUAAUAAAUAAAUGCUAAUUUUCACUGAUCGUUGUUUAUUCUACCCAGUAGAAUUACAGAAAAACUAUGACUAAACGAAAGCAUAAUUCUGUAAGUGAUUGGAAACCUUUAAAAUUAGAAGGUUCUGUAUUUUCUGGAGGCAUUGAUGGUUUAAUUGGUAUAGAGGAAUUAACUGAUUAUGAAUUGGAAAAGCAGAAUAAUAAAACAAAAAUUGUAACUCAUAAUAAAGAAGAUAACAAUGAAAAAAUCAAGGGGUCCUUGAAGCAUAAAAAUUUAAACAAAUGGCAAGAAGACAACAUAGACACUACUGAGCCAACAUUAAAGAAAGCAAAAAUCACAAAAGCUAAAGAAAGUAAGUUUAAAGGAAAGAAUGCUAAAAAAGUAACUAGCACUUUGUAUGCCCAAAGAGAUACAGAUCAUAGUUCUAGUCCAGAAAAGCAAUUUUCUGAUGAUAAUAAUGAUGAUGAUGAUAAUGGGUAUGACAUUUAUAAUCAACAAUGGAGUGUGCUAGGUGUACCUACUCCUAUAAUAAAAGCAUUAAGAGAUCAACAAUUUUAUUCACCCACUCCCAUACAAGCAUUAACUUUACCAUCAGCAAUAUUAGGACACAGAGAUGUACUAGGUGCUGCUGAAACAGGUAGUGGAAAAACAUUAGCUUUUGGAAUUCCAAUCAUAGCUGGUAUUUUGGAAUUAAAAAAUAGACAAGCAGGUGAAUCAGAUAUAAGAUCUAUGAAAGAAACAAGUAUUGAUAUUGAAAACAAUGGAUGGAUUUGUACAGAAAAUAAAACAGAAAGUGACAAUAGUUCAUCUGAAUCUGAUCAUGAAGAAGACAUUGAUAAUGUUAAUGAAAAUGGUAUUGGUUGUGUACGUGUAAUUGACAAUAUAAAAGUGAAUGAAGUAGGAAAUUAUCCUAAAAAACCAUUGUUUGCAUUAAUAUUAACACCAACUCGCGAAUUAGCUAUACAGAUAAAAGACCACCUCACUAAAGCAGCCAAGUAUACUGAUAUUAAAAUAGCUGUACUAUUAGGUGGACUGGCUGUGGUUAAACAAGAAAGAAUAUUAAGUAAAGGUCCUGAAAUUGUAAUUGCUACACCUGGUAGAUUAUGGGAAUUGAUACAGGAAGGUAAUCCACAUCUUAGCCAGGUGGAUUCUAUUAAGUACUUAGCCAUUGAUGAGACAGAUAGGAUGUUAGAAAAAGGACAUUUUCAAGAAUUACAGCAAUUGUUAGAAAAAAUAAAUAUUGAUAAGACAAAACGGGAAAAACGACAAACGUUUGUGUUUUCUGCUACGUUGACUAUGGUGCAUGAUAUCCCGGAGUAUUUGCAGAGGAAGAAAAAGAAGCGUACUAGCAGUAAAAUACAUAAGCUAACACCUGGUCAAAAAUUGCAAAAAAUUAUAGAACUGGUAGGAAUAAGGAAUCCGAAAAUUGUUGAUGUUACAAAAGAAUCAGGUACCGCGAGUAAUUUGACGGAAUGCAGAAUAGCAUGUACAAUAGAUCACAAAGAUUAUUACCUCUACUAUUUUCUAAAGAGACAUGCUGGCAGGACACUGGUAUUUUGUAAUAGUAUCGGCUGUGUAAAACGUUUAGCUACACUUUUUGGAAUACUCGAUUGCAAACCUUUACCCUUGCAUGCUAGUAUGCAACAAAGACAGCGGUUAAAAAAUCUGGAAAGAUUUCAGGCAAAUGAAAAUGGAGUGUUAAUAGCUACGGAUGUAGCUGCUAGAGGUUUAGAUAUUCCAAAUGUUGAGCAUGUAAUACACUAUCAAGUUCCCAGAACAAGUGAAAGUUACGUGCAUAGAAGCGGAAGAACGGCAAGAGCGCUAAAGGAAGGUAUAACGGUUCUUAUGAUGGAACCUUCUGAAAAGCAGUACUAUAGUAAAUUAUGUAAAACGCUUGGUCGUACCCAGGAUUUACCUACAUUUCCUGUAGUCGAUAGGUUGUUAAUUGCAGUUAAAGAAAGAGUUGAUAUUGCACGGGAAAUUGAUAAAUUGGAAUUAAAAUGUCGUAGAGAUAAUUCCCAAAAGGGUUGGUUACGUAAAGCUGUUGAAGAUAUGGACUUGGUUUUAGAGGAGGAUGAAGAGGAUAUAGCGUUAGACAUAAAAGAAACAGCAGAUUUAAAGCAUCAAUUAAAAAUAAAGAAGUAUCAGUUAGCAUCUUUAAUGUCAAAACCAUUGUUUCCAAAAGGUUUUUCCGGAAAAUAUCCUGAUAUUAACAUGGACCUUAAAUUAAGUGAAAAUAAUCAAAAAGCUGUUGACAUAAUGAAGAAAGUUAUAGAAACGAUACCCAAAGAAAAAAAGGAAAGAAAUAAGAAACAUGUAAACAAAAAGGUUUCGUUUAAACAGAAAAUGACAAAAAAAUUAAAGAAAAAGAAAGGAUAAUAUACACGAAUAUUUUUACACAAAUUUAUUUCCUGCAUAAUAAAAUAAAAUUUUCAGAA